UUAUUAUGUAUUGCUUUAUAAAAAAAUAUUUUCUGGCGUAUAUAACUCAUGGAUUUUAUGAAUAGAAGAAGGUUGUAUAACUGACACACCUCCCAGUCCUGUUAAGCUCAGCUAAACUCUCUUCACAAUACAAAUCCCUUUACACUGCAAGUCCGCAUGUUUGCACACACAGAGCUUUGCAAGCUGGAGACUGUAGUCCUAUUUAGUCAAGAGCCGCGAGUGUACAAUGUGGACGAGAACCACAUAGCCCAGCAAGACUUUUUACGUCAGCUUAUUUAUCCAGUGGUUACUGAGAGAACUGAAACAUUGACCAGUUGGAUGGUAAUCUUUUAAUUCUGAGUUUCUUAUCAGCUCUUGUUUCGUGAUUUAGUUCAGAGGAAUAGUUUUGGGUUUACUAACUUAAGUUGCAUUGGCUGGUUUUGGACCAAGAAUCGUCUGUCUGGGAUUUCUGGUUUUGUCAGCACAGGACUGCUGCUGGACAUGCAACCGGGGGUCUGUGUGCCCAUUGCGGCUGCGCUGGGCCUGUUUUGUAGAGGUUGUCUCAGCAGGGCGCGGAGUUUUCCCGGUCGCAGCAUCAGCUGUUUGCCUAAGCAGAUGAGCAGGUGGAACAGCCGUGAGACCUGCAGCCCUCCACCUCCUCAAGAAAACCCCCGUGUCCUCAUCACGGGUGGUCUUGGGCAGUUAGGUGUGGGACUGGCACAGAUACUGAGGAAACAGUACGGAAGAGAGAAUGUAAUCCUGUCAGACAUUAAGAAGCCUCCACCUGAUGUUUUCAGCAGUGGUCCAUUUGUAUACGCUGAUGUGUUGGACUACAAACAUCUCCGAGAACUGAUUGUAAAUUAUCGUGUCACUUGGCUGAUCCACUACAGUGCUCUCCUAAGUGCUGUUGGCGAAGCUAAUGUGGCUUUGGCACGCAAGAUCAACAUCACAGGUCUUCAUAAUGUGCUGGACUUGGCCCUAGAGAACUGCCUGCGCCUCUUUGUCCCCAGCACCAUUGGAGCAUUUGGUCCCUCUUCUCCACGUGACCCGGCCCCUGACCUCUGUGUCCAAAGACCUCGAACCAUUUACGGCGUGUCCAAAGUGCAUGGAGAACUGAUGGGGGAGUAUCUCCAUCAUAAAUAUGGUCUGGAUUUCCGCUGCCUACGUUACCCAGGUGUGAUAUCAGUCAACACACCUCCCGGAGGAGGAACAACAGACUAUGCAGUUCAGAUCUUCCACGAUGCUCUCAGCACAGGUCACCAUGAGUGCUACCUGCGUGCUGACACCCGCCUUCCCAUGAUGCAUAUCUCUGACUGCCACCGUGCAACUGUAGAGUUCAUGCAGGCUCCAGAGUGCCAGCUGUCUCUGCGUACCUACAACAUCGCCGCCAUGAGCUUCACCCCAGAAGAGGUGGCCCAAGAAAUCCGCAAGCAUCUUCCUCACCUCAAAGUCACCUACAAUCCCGAUUCUGUCCGCCAAACCAUUGCGGACAGCUGGCCGGUGAGGUUUGAUGACUCCAAUGCCAGGAGAGAUUGGGGCUGGGCACCAGUCUUCGGGAUUGACGAGCUGGUGUCAGACAUGCUGCGCUCCAUUCGAGACAAGAGGAAAAGCGAGGGUUUGCCAGUCAGCUAGCAAAACCUGCUCCACAAAGACGGACCAAUGCCCUACCCCUGACUUUCCUUCAAAUUUACCAACACUUCCUUUUCUUCACUUUUCAAGU